AUGCCCUCCAGAGAGGCUUCUCACGCCGGGUCUUGGUACUCGGAUAGAACGCACACCCUAACUCGGCAGCUGGAUGACUGGCUGGCACAGGUGCCGGACCAUCUGGACAAGGUCGGAUCCCUCCCAGUUCCGGGAGCACGGGUCAUCAUCGCACCACAUGCGGGGUACUCUUACUCAGGACCUUGCGCAGCCUACGCAUACAAAGCGCUUGAUUUGACCCAGGCGAAGCGAAUUUUCGUCUUGGGCCCUUCCCAUCAUUAUCCGCUCUCGACGCUCGCGCUUCCCCAAGUCACCUCCUACUAUACCCCGCUCUCAGAAGAGCCACUUCCGCUGGACACAGAGCUGAUUGCCAAGCUCCUUCAAACGCAAGCUACAAAGCCAAACGGAAGCAAAGUCGGCUUCACCACGAUGAGUCAGUCUGUGGACGAGGAAGAGCACAGUAUCGAGAUGCACCUACCCUAUAUCCACCGCCUCCUGCAGCUACAGCACCCGAACACCCCAACCGCACAGUAUCCACCAUUGGUUCCAAUCAUGGUGGGCAGCACAUCCGCUGGAACAGAACAAGCAUUCGGUGCUCUUCUAGCCCCAUAUUUAGCAGAUCCGUCGAAUGCCUUUGUCAUUAGCUCAGACUUUUGCCACUGGGGUCUCCGCUUCCGCUAUACAUACUACGUCCCUUGCGCUCCUAAACCAGGACCUGAGCUCCCUCUAUCCAGCGAUGUCCUUCCACAACCGGGGAAAGGCUUCGAUGUCAUAUCAGAGAGUAUCGAAUCAGUCUCGGUUGGACACGCCUUGCAGCGGCGCGAUCGCAUCUCAAACCAGGAACCAGCCAUCCACGAAAGUAUCUCGGCAUUUGAUAUUGCCACCAUGGCAGCCAUCACGACUGGGUCUGCAGCGACCUUCUUGGAUAUUAUUAAUCGUACAGGAAACACCGUCUGCGGUCGACAUCCGAUUGGCGUGAUCAUGGCUGCGCUCGAGGUUGUCACGGCGAGUAAACCGGCAGGCAAGCAGGGGCAAUUCCAUUUCCUGCGAUACGAGCGUAGCUCCGAUGCGUUGGACGUGAAUGACAGCUCUGUAAGCUAUGUAUCUGCGCUGGCUGUUCUUUGA